AUCAGUAUGAAGUAUAGUUUUCGGGCACAAGCAUGAUAUGUUAUCUCGGCAACGACACAUCACUGGCUGAACAACUUCAACUUUCAGAUAGAUUCAAAUCGUAAUUCACUGCUUGUAUGGUCCUGAAGCCGUCGGCCGCAUCCACAAGUUUCAGAUGCCCACAACUAACCAAUGAGUCGCAGUGUCGCUAUAGAGUUGAUUCGUCGGAGUGCCUAGAACACCCAGAGCGGACGGGGCACAUGAGGCGAACGAUUCAUCGAGGUCGAGGGCGGGACAUCCGGCUCCAGGAAUGGAGGUCGCCUGCGCCAGCCUUCGAGGGCGAACACACUCGAAACGCGUCAUCUGGGCAAUGGGCGACUGUGAAGAGUCGAACGCGUGACUUUCCUGUGGAGACCGUUUUCAGACUGAAGUCCACGGCUGUCUCUGAUGCGGAUCGUACUCACGAGAACACAUGUCAUGAUCAUGCGGUCAACAACAUGAAGGAGAUGGAUGGGGUGGCAAGCGGGAAUGAGGUAGUGGAGCACUACGAGGAGAUGGUGGAAGUAGAGAGCCUUGGCGACUUUGCGGACGAAGCCGCUGCUCAAGAAGACGAGGGGGGUGAGGGUGAAGGCGAUGUUGACCUAUUCAGACCCGAUCUGGCGGCCGAAGGUGCUGUAGAGUGGGUGGCGUCGGGCACAGCGUUUCGCGAUCUAGUUCCGCGAAGGUUCGAGAUGGCACGGAGGCGGCAUCAUACGCCACCUUCAUCCGACAAUAUUCAUCCCGAAUCCCACAAUACUAGUCAUCCAGCUGGCACCACAGGAGACGUCAUCGAACAACAGCAACACGUUGCGCCCACGAGGCCUGCAAGUGUGGGUGUGGCGUCUUUUCAAGGACCACCGCCGCGGCCUUUUUUAGCCUCCAGAACUUCAGAAGGACUGGCACAAGAAGAACGCAUGAGUGUCAAAUCUCAGUCGCGUGAAGUCGCAGAGGCGGACUUUGUCGUGGCUUCGCCACCGAGUGUAGUAAAGUCGCGCAAAGAAGUUUCCGUGAUUGGACAGAUCGCAGAAGCUGAAAACGACGCAGCGCCUGGUGUUUCGGAAAACGCCGACGACAGCACGUUGUUCGAACCUGCUUCAAGGGGCGUGCGGCGCUCGCCGGUGGAGUCUGAGCCGAUCACUGCCGCGCCAAAAAUGUUCCGCCGCCAAGAUGUGACGCUGGAGGGACCCGCUCACGCGCCGCCUCGGCCGGGCCACAAGGGGCCGUCUAGAAACACGCAGGACCGAGAACGCAGUGUGACAUCAAAGUCUGACUAUAAAUUGAGCCUAGCAGGAGCACCAACACGAGGGACUCGAUCAGCUCUGGCAGACGACGAUGCAGAAGAAAAAGAGGACUGGUCAAGUACGGACGCUGUGCAGAAGCGGAUCGAGAAGAUGCGAGAAGUGACGCGGCAAAUGCGGUGUCAAUUACGGACUGGAUCACAUCUUGAAGAUGCUGAAAAGAACAGCGUUGGUCCUUCUGCGUCGCAAAAUGCAGCCUCGGGUGAAGAACUGAAUGCUGAUUUUUUCUUCCACGAAAGGAGAAGCGUGAAAAGUGAUGACUUGCAGGCUCGGUACCGCGAGUUUGCGGCACGCAGAAACCGAAAAAACAUGAAUAGAAAGAGUGAAAACCUUGUUGUGCAGAUCAAUGACUCGUCCAAGAUACCUGAUCCUUGUCGUGUAAAAGAUUCAGACGACGCUGGCGCUGCAGAAAAUGCAAAUUCAUCAGCUUCGGCUUCCCAGCCACAGCAAGAGCCUAGAACUGGAUUGAACGUAGCGGAUGCUCCCGUGCUAGUUAAGAAGUGCUCAACGACAGCGCGGCCCGCAGUGAACAAAGCCAAGCAAGCGCGUCGCACGCUGACAGAGUCGACUGCGCCAUCGCCUAAAGGAGGGAUCGUAGCGUGUGGACCGCGAGGCCACACCGCGCGCGCCGCGAAACAGUACAAACGACCAAAAGCUGAUGAGAAACGCGGCAAGAGGAGUGUUGCUGCUCCAAGCCAGGCAAGCGAAGCGUGCUGCGCUCCUUUGUCACAGGCCACCGCUCCUAGAAGUGGGAAUGAGGAAUCGCCAGAGUCAUUGCUCGAUGCUGUCAUGUCUACGGGCGAUGCCGAAAAGACUUUGGCACGUCUAUUACGGCUCGCGUUGGGGAAGGAGCUUCUACAAACUGAAACUUCUGGCAACACGCACCAACAUCUUCCUCAGAACGAAGGAAAGCUCGAGAGUGGGAGCACGGCGUCUCCACCUCGCGAAACUCUGGACACGAAGCUGAAUAGCCCUACGGAGCAGCAGACAGGUGCUACGAGUGCGAUGACAAAAGUAAAAAGCGUCAAGGAGCACCGGUCUCGGAAGAAUUCGACGGAGGCCAGUAGGCGGAAGAAGGCGCUGGUUGAGUAUGUACCAUCGAGAAUUGCGCCUGACUGCGCUAAAAGCCCUCCUGGAAAGGGAGACGACGUGAGGAGCAGCGCACCAACGCGCAAUUUUACAGAGACGUACACGACUAGCUUCGUGUUCAACUCGCCGGAGAAAAACAAAGGACUCAAUAUCGCGGAGCAAAGUAUUGAAGUAGAGAGUAAGACACGCGCAGGGGGAAAUUGCAAGAGUGAUGGGCGCGUCGAUUCGAACCAACAACGAGAGUCAGGCGCACGCGAAGCCGCCGAUAACGGUGGUAGUAAAAACGAAAAUAAGAACAUCGAAGGGGAAAGACUCGCAGAAGAAUCGCAAGGUGAUCAUUUGAGCCAGUCAGGAUCGAACAUGACUGCGUCCGAGACGCGGCAUUCUCUGCAGUUGCGGUCCCUGCCAACGAAAAUUCCGAAAAUCAACGUCGCACACAGAACUGAAAGCAAGGAACCGGUCGCAGAUGCCGCAAACGCUGUUAGUGCGGACACUAACAGCACUGCUUUUAUGGAAAAUCCGAACAGCGCAGCGGGUGCAGGAUAUAAAGCGCCAACUUCGACUAGGAUGAGCAGAAGUGCUGGCUCCACUGCACAAGCAGGUAAGCCAGAAGCCGAAGGAGGUAGCGGUAGCAGUGAUCCAGUCUGGCGGACACUCAUGUUCCCAAGCGAAAUUGCGCUUGAGGGCAGCGGAACGUCUUUAGCGGACGCACCUGCGCCGGACGGCAAGAGCAUCGGGAUUCUCGAGGAGGAGACGGGCCGGUUAGGUGCCUUGCGUACGACCACGCCGAAGCAGCAAAUAGAUGGCGAUAAGAUCAUGCGUUCGACUUCUCGAGGCACGACUGCGGAAUCCAGUGACGCGGAGGACGUGCGGGCUCCAUCGAGGGUUCAGUCCCACGGUUCCGCAAGAAGCACAACGGCGAGCUCACGCAAUCGUAACAGCAGCAAGAGAAGCAGCAACCAACAUAACACACAGACGAUGCAGAUGCACCCCACUAGCAGUAAGAGCAGCACUGGGAGCAGCAAGAAUGUCAUGACCUCAUCAACACGAACAGCAGAGAUGCCAGGAGAGCAUCAGAAAGUUCACAGGAAUGAUUCCUGCAAGUCUGCAUCAUCGUCAAGAACAAGACCUACUUCGCGCGCGCCGUCGAAGAGCUCAGAGAGUAAACUCCGUGAGCGAAAGGCAAAAAUAGAGCGAGAACUAGCGAGGACUCCAGAAGCAGCCGCCUCUAGCAAAACAGAGCAGGCAUCCGGUACUAGAGAAGACAGGAAAGCACUCGAGCUGCAAAAUGUGCGAGAAAAAGUGGCCUGGCUUCUGCAGAAAUUUCGGUCAUCGUCCGCAGCGAAAGAACCCUCGGAGGACGGUUCGAAUCAUUCCACGACGACUAGCCUUUCUCGCCGUAGCAGCAAGAGAAGCGAGCAACUCGAUUCUCCUCUUGAAGAUGAGCAGCAAAACGAUCGCAGUGGUGUUGCUCAGCGAGUAGUAGAGUCCCCAACUGGAGGACCAGUGAGUGAUCAGAAGUCUCGUCGUGCUGGCAGCGAUUCCACGUCUAAUCCACAUCAGACCAUCGCCCAGAAGUCACGCUCUGCGAGUCUCGAGGAGUUCAGUGAACAAGCACCAAAUAAACAGACGAUCCCCAGUAAUCAUGUCAAGAGGAAGACAAGAGUGGUACCAGUAAAGCAGAGCACGAAACUGGAGUCCAAGCCUGUACUACGGACUAAUGGGCAUCUUGCGGCAACACAAAAUUCCAAGAAUAAAGUCGCCGACCGUACUCGGUCUGCUUCGCGUCCGCACGCUCGCGAAGCACAGGCACUUCCGUCAAGAAAACUAGUAUGUGCACAAAAGGCACAACGCGAGAAGACCGUUCCGCAGCCACAGUACGACGAAGGGAAGAUUGAUGAGGAGCCGGAGCUACCUUCAAAGUCACGACCUUUUUUCCCAAAUCGGUGGUCCCGCUUGGCGGAGCCUCCAGUAAGUAAACAAGUGGCAGAGAGGCAAAGCGACCGUGAUGCUCGCGCACAACGGACGAAGGAGUUAAGGGUUUUAUUUUUUUGUAUUCGAUGAAUUACCGCCUAUUAUAGGGCAGUCUGAUUUGGUGCGUUCUCGGUGUCCGUUCCCUCAAUUCAUUUGAUUCGAAUCAGGGAAGGAGAGAUCUCUCAAUACAUUCAUUUGAGAAUAUUCAGCACUCAUCCUCUUGUCUUGAUCAUUUUCGCAACUGGCUCUAAUUUUCGAGCAAGUGGAAGCUUUCAAGCCUGCGCCCAGAGUUAUCCCAAAAAAUUACGAAAGAGUAAAGCCACGCUACCUGCAGUCAGCAGACGAUUAUGUCGUUCGAAUGCACAAUAUCCUGCAGACGGAGGUAAUAUUUGGAAUUGUAGUGACGGAGGUACUCAAGAAUAAAUCUAUUCCAAAACUGCUUCGCAAAGAUGAGAGGAUGGUUUUUGAUCGUGUUGUAGGGUUCUUCGUCUUAAACAUUUAGAAAUCUACAUCCUCCUUCUCAAUAGCAGGCCUUGGAACAGGAGGAGAGGCGGAUUUUGGUUGGGCUGGGGCUACCAGCGCCGCCACCCGCAGUGGCAUCGGACGAUGAGAGAGAGAUGCGGAAAAAAUUCAAGGCUGCGCCAGCACCGAAGUUCCAUUCCCAGGUGCAAGUGCGUGGUUGCCGAAACCACGUACGUUUACAAGAGGCAGCUCGCUGUGAUCGUGAGCGCAAGAAGCAGAUCGUCGACUCGCUUUCUUUGCGUAAUCAGGGUGACAUGAACGUGAGUAAGUCAUCUGUGAUGUCUGUAGCAUCGAAAUGAUUUUCAUUACAUGACGAGGUUGCGAAGUGAACACCUUCAACUCACGUUUUAAGAGGAGGGAUAAGAGAUACCAGAAGCCUCCAAUUGCUCGGCUGCAUGUCUAAGUAUGCCGAUAGUUACCGCACGAGUCAGUAUUUACCCCUGGAACGUACUAAUGUCAUAUGCGAAGGAACGUGAUGUCACCUGCGAGCUGCCAUUGAGAUAGUACUUAAGAGCUAGGACGAUUCAUUCAAGCAUGGAGAGUCAUCUAUUAACCAUGAAAGGAUCAGAGAACCACACUCAGUCUGACGUUUGGGCGAUCUCUCAUAUAUUUGUG